CAACGGUCUAAGAACAGAACAAAAUAGAACCAUGUCUUCGUCGGCGAAGAAGAUGAUCUCAAAGAUCAUGCCUAAGAGGAAAGCGAGAUCGAGGAACAUCUCGUCAACGGCAUCAUCAUCAGGUGACGAUGAUCGACCGAGGAAGAAAAAAAGUUCACUCAGAGCGAAGGUCCAGAACGUGAAACCUAAGCUGAAUCCUCCUUUCCGAAAGAAGAGAUCGAACAUCAAUGUGAGGAACUCCCAGGGUCUCACUCCACUUCAUCUAGCUGUGAUCAAUGGCAACGUAGAGGGAGUCAGAGAACUUCUCUCCAGAAGAGACAUCGACAUAAAUGCCGAAGAUCGUCGCCAUCGGACGCCCCUGAUCAUCGCUUGCGAGAACAACCAGACCGACAUCGCCCUCAAGCUCAUCAAGCACAAGGCGGAUCUGACAGUUUGGGACGAGAACUUCGACACCCCACUCCACAUUGCUCUGAGAAAGGGAAACAGAAUCGUUGCCGAUAGGAUGAUUGACAGAGCUAAGGCUAAAGGACAUCUGAUAGAGUUGGUGACCGAACCUAAUUGGAACUGGGUAGCCCCCAUUCACGAAGCUGCAAGAGUAGGCCAUACAGACCUUAUCAGGAAAUGUCUUGAUGAAGCUCGUAAAGUAGAAAAACACGAUGAGAUCGAGAAAGACGACUUCGGAAAUGGGGCCAACGAUGACCGCGACUAUGUGCUCGACCUCCGCGGUGAGAACGAUGAUUCUCUUCUGCAUAUUGCUUCUUCGAACGGGCACAUCGAUCUAGUGGAGCUGCUGGUCCAAAGCGGUGCGAAAAUCGACAGUACAAAUUGGGAUCUUCGUACACCAUUGCAUCUAUCGUGCAUUGCCAAUCAAAGGGCCGUCGUGGAAUAUCUUGUAGAAAAGAAGGCCAACCUUGAAAAGAUCGACGUCGACUACCACACCCCUCUCCAGGUUGCAGCAAAUGCAGAGAGUUUCGACGUCAUCAUCGCUCUCAUAGACCGCUAUUACAACAGUAAAGGCCUUGCACAAUCGUCCACCAAAGACAACCACGACACAGUGACCAUUGUCAGUGAGGGUGGAAAGUCAUCGACUGGGUUUGCAGAUGGGAAUGAACUCAAUGUCAUCGAGGAAGAGGACGAUGUGACUGUGGUUGAUGGCGGGCAUGAUGAGCGAUUAGACGAAAGAGACGGAAUCGAAGGAUCGCUUAUAGAUAUCACUGAUCAAGCAAAGGACGAUGUCAAUGGAGAAAGCAGUACAGCUCAGGAGGAGCUCGACAAAGACGAAUCAAUGGCAGCAGACGAAAUGGUAGAUGAUGUCGAAGAAAACCAAGGUAUUGAUGUCGACGAAGAUGGUGGAGUCGAUCCCGUGAUUGAGCAGGGGGAGCCGACCACGCCUGACGUGGUGGAUGAUAAGACCAGCAUUGCGACUUUCAACGUCGAACCAGUCCCUGAACCGGUUGCCCAACCAAUCAGCGAAGAGAAGGAGGAAUCGUUGGCUGAAUUCAUUGACUGGGUGGUUAUUGAAGAUAGGGCCAAAGUAUUGAAGCUUCUUUUGAGGUACAAGUCGAAGCUAAAUGACGUCAGUGAUGACGAUAUCAAGAAGUACAUGGGACAUGCUGCAAUGAAUGGACAUACCGAGACGCUCGGAGUUUUGAUUCGUUGGAAGCCAGAGGUUGUCGAUUUUUACGACGAUGACGGAAAGACACCGCUCCAUCACGCCGCUGGGCACGGCCACGACGGCGUGGUCCAGGUGCUUACCAAAAGUAGCGCAGCGGUAAAUGCCACAACCAUCGACCCCGUCAAAGUGGGUUACAACAACCACAUCAAUGCCGACGAUGUCACGGAUAAUACCAGAUCGAGCAAGAUGGCCCAUGAAAGAACAGCCCUUCAUUUGGCUGCCAUGAACGGAUUCGCCAAGUCAGUUCUAUCGCUCAUCAAGGCCGGGGCCGACAUCAAUAUUCCCGACAAACAUGGGGUAAGCUAA